UCCGGUCCAGCACAUAUGAGAAUCGGGCCUUCAUUUGAUAAAUUUCUCAUCCGACGGUUUGGGGAUCGGCUUAAAUCAAAGCAACCGGCACGUGAUUUUUUAUCCAGCUUCGCACAUUCGGGACCAUCUUCUGGUGAUUUAGGGUUCGAUUGCAGAGAGAUGGGAGGAGGCCAUGGAGGGAGUACAACUUACAAAGGUGUAACUUUGCAUCACCCAAAGCGAUGGCAUGUCGUCACCGGCAAAGGGUUGUGCGCUGUCAUGUGGUUUUGGGUCAUGUACAGGGCUAAGCAAGAUGGUCCUGUUGUAUUGGGUUGGCGACACCCUUGGGAGGGCCAUGGUGAUCAUUCUCACGAUCAUGGAGACAAGCAUUAGUGAUUAUUGGCAAUGUGUUUAGCAGCAGCUGUAAGACGAUUAUCGGAUUAUAGGUUGCUGUUGGAGAUGCUGUUCUGAUUGUCUUCUUGUUAAAUUAUUCGUUUUGAAUAAAGUGAAUGUGAAGAAAGAUUGUAG